AUGCAUUUCCUCAAAAAGAAGUGUGGUCUCGGAAGUGGAUUACCAAGAUCGUCGGAUUUGGUAACAAGGUUCAGAGAAAGUUCGAUCUUAAUUAUAUGUUAUACAAACACUAUGUCUAUUGGAAAAAAGAAGAAACCAUCACUCUCACAGAUGUAUAAUUUCCCUCAAUCAACCCUAAUGACAUUCUCACCAUUGUUUCUCACCUCCGAAUUUUGCAGGCCUGACAUUGAAUUUGCUCACUUGUUCAGAACCGAGAAUAUUUUGGCCAAAAUCACUUAUGAAAUGCCUGAAGCUCAAAUCUGGGCAGAAGGACCCAUUAAAGAACCAAAAUUUGGAUAUGUCUAUCUCAAAAAGAAGACCAACCAAAAAGAAUUCUUUAAAGUUCUUGACAAACGUCUAGUUCCAUCAAUGAUCCUGUAG